AUGCUAGACAAUAAUGAAUCAAAUUCAAAUUCAUCCGGUGUUUUAACUCUCUCUAAUCCUUCCACUACAUCUUCGUACAUUCAUUCAAACGGAGUUAAUAAUGAUUAUUACCUGCCACCCUCCGGAGAAAGAGAAGACAUGAAUAAUAGCAACAUGUCAUCAUCGGAGGAUGUUGAGCCAGCUGAUCACAUGGAAAACUUUUCAGAGUCGGGAUUGGGUGUUCAUGAAUAUGGAUCUUUUACCUCUAGACUGCAUGACUUUUCUUCUCCCAUCACUACAAAGCCUCCAUCCUUUCCAGAAAAGAAUUUACAAGUUGCAAAGAAGGGAGUUGUUCAAGCACCACCACGACCUACUAAUCCUUUUGCAUCCAUUCCACCAGCUAUGAAUCAUCAUUCCAUUCCUCCUUCCAAUAAUAAUGUAAUUAAUUCCAUCACUGCCACCACCACAAAUACGCAAUCCGAGCCAUCAAGUCCUUCCAACACCUUUAGAGAAUUUCUAGAGGGUGAAGCCUAUAGGAGACCAAUACUUCUCUCACCACUAUCUGCUGAUAACGUUAUUGUAGAGGAACAACAGCAGACUCUCACCAAUAAGAAACAGCCAUCAUCAUCAUCAACUAAAAACUCAUCAACAGCAGCAACUACUAAACAACCUACAAAUCCUUCCGUAAAUAUUAAUUCAUCCAAAUCCACAGCAGCAUCCUCAUCUACAAAUGGAAACAGCGUUACUGAACAAAAAGUAGAACCUCCUCCAAGACCAACAAUUUCAAAUAAGACACUUUUAUUAGCGAAUCGAAUGACUGCUCAACCUCCAAAACCACAACAAGAUGAAGAAUCUAAUAACGAAUCAAGUGAUCAUGAAAUUUCAACAAAAAAACCUGUUGUCAGUAAGAAAGAAUCAAAGAGACGAUCAAGUCAUGAAUCCGAUUCCGAAAACAAUAUGGAGGACAUUUCUCAUGAAUCAUCAGAGGAGCACAGUGAUAAAAAGAGUAAAAAGAAAAAAUCCACAACACAACCAGAAGCAAAGAAAAAGGCUGAAAAAGAAACCAAGAUCAAGGGCGUCAAAUCGCGGAAAACCACAAAAGCUGAAGUUGGGGAAAGCAGCAGUAGUAGUCAAGGUAAAAAAUCAUCGGAUACUAAAAAGACGGCAUCUUCCCCUAAGCGACCAUUAGAAGACGUUGUUGAGUCUAAACCUAGUGUCAACGAGGAGCCAAAAACAAAAAGAAAUAAGCAGCCUACAUCCAUGGAUAACAAGAAUGUCAGCAUGAAAACUGAGCAUAGUAUUGCUACAGCAAGUAGCAGCACUAGUACACAUACCAAUAAUAGCAGUACAAGGUCAUCAUCAUCAUUGAGCAGGGACAUUAAUUCACUUCAACAAAAGCUAGAAAGUAAGAGAAAAAUGGCCACCUCUUUAAAGCACAAGGCCGAUGACCUCAAGAAAGAACAUCAAAUUUCAGAGGCAAUCUCCACCUAUUUGGCUUCAGGUAUGCAAUAUAGCGAGGCUGCCAUGUAUUCCAAACACAUUUUUGAAAACACUCCCAAAGAAAAGAAUCCUUCAACAAGUGGUACGGCCCUGCUGCUAAAACAAAAUAUUGAUUUUUUGAAAUAUGUUGCCUCACUAGCUCUCAAGUAUGCAUAUUAUGACAAGGCCGUCCUCGCCAACAUUCUUAUAUUUACAAAUACCAAGGCUCUCUUUAAUUUCAAGACCCAAUCCAUUCAAAGAUACCGUAGAUAUUUAAUAGGAAAAUUUAGUGAGUCUAAUUCAACAUCGAUGGGAUCUUCAAGCAUUACGUCUCCUGCAGCAGUGGCAUCUCCUUCCUCUCAGUCCAUUUCUACUCCUUCUCCCGUGCACAAUGGAGGAGGCUCAUUAAUCAAUUCUGUUGAUUCUGCAGAAUUGACAAAUACGAUAAUUCGUUUGUGUACCGAGUUAGAAAUUAUUUCGAUGACUGUUGACAAUGAAGAAACAUUAUAUCAUCAGUUGAAACAGCACGAAACAUACAGAGAAAAUUAUGAACUCAUGCAUGAGGCUCACAGAGGAAAUAUUGACUUUGUUGUGAAGUUUUUAACUGAAGAACUAGUGCGUCUUGAUCUAAAGACUGAAUAA